AUGAUUAUGAGGUCUCUCCUUCUAGCCUCAUGCCUAACCCUUGCCCUGGGAGAAGGCCUGGGCAACCAUGGGAGGAAGCUUGAUCCUAACAAAUUCACAAAGGACAUCAAGCUCAAGGAUCUCUUAAAAGGAUCCCAGAAACUUGAAGACUUUGCUUACGCAUAUCCGGAAAGGAAUCGCGUCUUCGGCGGAAAAGCUCACCAGGAUACGGUCAACUGGAUUUACAACGAGCUCAAGAAAACCGGCUACUAUGAUGUGUACAAGCAGCCCCAAGUCCACCUCUGGAGCAAUGCUGAGCAGAGCCUCACUGUGGAUGGCGAGGCAAUCGAUGCCACCACCAUGACAUAUUCCCCCAGUCUUAAAGAGACCACUGCUGAGGUCGUCGUUGUCCCGGGUCUCGGCUGCACUGCCGCCGACUAUCCUGCAGAUGUCGCCGGCAAGAUCGCCCUUAUCCAACGUGGUAGCUGUACCUUCGGUGAGAAGUCGGUCUAUGCAGCUGCUGCGAAUGCUGCCGCUGCUAUCGUCUACAACAAUGUGGAUGGUUCGCUUAGCGGUACCCUCGGUGCCGCGACCAGUGAGCUGGGACCGUAUGCUCCGAUCGUGGGUAUCAGUCUUGCGGACGGACAGAACCUCGUCAGCCUUGCCCAGGCUGGACCCUUGACCGUCGACCUGUACAUCAACAGCCAGAUGGAGAACCGCACCACCCACAACGUGAUCGCCAAGUCCAAAGGAGGAGAUCCCAACAACGUGAUUGUCAUCGGUGGACACAGCGAUGCUGUCAACCAGGGACCUGGUGUCAAUGACGAUGGCUCUGGGAUCAUUAGCAACCUGGUCAUCGCCAAAGCACUCACGAAAUACUCCCUCAAGAACUCCGUCACCUGGGCUUUCUGGACUGCCGAAGAAUUCGGCCUUCUGGGCAGUGAGUUCUAUGUCAACAGUCUCUCUGCCGCGGAAAAGGAUAAGAUCAAAUUGUACUUGAAUUUCGACAUGAUCGCCUCGCCGAACUAUGCUCUCAUGAUCUACGACGGUGAUGGCUCGACCUUCAACAUGACUGGACCCGCUGGCUCCGCCGAGAUUGAGCAUCUCUUCGAGGACUACUAUAAGUCCCGUGGCUUGUCGUACAUCCCGACUGCAUUCGACGGCCGGUCCGAUUACGAGGCCUUUAUUCUCAACGGCAUCCCCGCGGGCGGACUGUUCACGGGCGCGGAGCAGAUCAAGACCGAGGAGCAGGUCGCCAUGUUCGGCGGCCAAGCGGGCGUCGCUUAUGACCCUAACUACCAUGCGGCCGGAGAUAACAUGACAAACCUCUCCGAGGAGGCUUUCCUCAUCAACUCCAAGGCUACGGCAUUUGCGGUGGCUACCUAUGCCAACAGUCUCGAGAGUAUUCCUCCACGAAACGCCACAAUGUCGAUUCAGACGCGAUCUGCCAGCCGACGGGCAGCUGCCCAUCGGAGAGCGGCCAAGCCCCAUUCUCAUAGCGGUGGAACUGGUUGCUGGCACACGCGGGUUGAGCUGUAA